UGUGAAACUCUGUGCUUCACCAAAGAUGCAGAUAAUGCGCACAGACUAUUAUCUUAGAGAAAUUCUUAUGCUACUAUAAAACAUAAUUUUCAUAUAUUCUAUUUGGUUUAUUUUUAUCUUGUUUCUAGAUCACAUUAAUCAUAUAAAGGAAAAGGCUGGCAUUAAACAUGUCGGAAUUGGCGCAGAUUAUGAUGGUGUAUUAAUCCUACCAGAAGGUUUAGGCGAUGUUUCCACAUAUCCAGCUUUGUUAGAGGCGUUAAUGGAAAACGGUUGGUCAGAGGAUGAUAUUGUGAGUUUGAUCGGUGGUAACAUUUUACGUGUAUUACAGAAAAACGAGGAGAAAGCUGCUGAAUUACAAGCGAAAAUGAGUGAACAAGAUGAUCUAAUUCCUCGUAUAGACCUAGAAAAAUAUAACUUAACCAAAUGCCGAACUCUAGACAUGUACACAUAA